AUGGCCGACUGGGUAUACGGCGGCAAUACAUUGGCCAUAGCAGUCAGCGCUGCCUACUCGACAGUUGCAGCAGGAGCUCAACUUUAUUCUAUAAGCGGCCACUUCGUGCGCCCGGCCAGCCAAUCUAACAAGCUCAUCUGUCGUGUCGAGCGCGUCCGAGACUCGCGGAUGUUCAAAACUCGACACCUUCGCGUGCUGCAGUCCGAGGGGAAUUCCGAACAACUUUGCCUCAUCGCCACAGCAGACUUCCACAUAGACGAAUGA